AUGAGUGCUUCUCACGGAUCUUCCACUGGAGCCCCUGGUAUUCCCACGGGUUUGCACGACUCUCGCAAUGACUACAACCCAGCUACCAAGGGCUACAACCCCGCCACUGGCGCCAACUACUCGAAGCCCCAAGAGUCACUACAGUCUCAGCCGACCACAUCGGCAUCCAACAGCUACGAUGGGGUGAAGACUGACCGUGUUCACCACCCACCCCCCACCGGCACUGCGCAGCGAACCCAGUUCGGCGAGUCGAAUGACUCGCGGGCUGCGCAGGUUGGCGGGGGUGUAGGCAAGGGUAUCAAGGGCUUUGCGGCAGGUCUACAUGGCGCCGGAGAGUCGUUGCGUGGGGCGGCCAAUGCGGCUGUUGACCGGGCCUUUGGAUCCGACGAAGGUGCAGAAUGGAAUGAGGAGAUCGCGCGUCGAGGCGAGAACGAGAUUCGGAACAAGGAAUUUGGGAAACCUCUGCCCCGUGAGCAUUAG